AUGGCCUGGAUCUCUGAAACCCCCGGUGGCAGACGCAGCGCGUCCCCAACGGUCUUUGAGCAACAACGCGAGGAAUUGGUUCGGGAAAUUGCGGUGGGUAUGGAGCAGGUCCUCCAGAACAUGAACCGGUUGAACCGAAACCUUGAGAGCAUCAUUACAGUCGGCAAUGAGUUUGGCUCUGUGGAAGCCCUCUGGUCACAAUUCGAGAACUUUAUGGGCCGGCAGGAGGAGGAGCUUGAGGAAGCCAGCCAAGGGAAACGAAAGGUCAGCGGGGAGAGCGCCGGACACGGCAACUCCGGCAGACAACAUAAGCAUGAAGAAGAUGAAGGAGAGUCAAUGGUCAACCAGUGA